UCCCUCACCUCCUCCUGAUAUCUGCCCACUGCUAGGCAGAGGCAGCUCCCUCCCAAAGCAGGCACGAGUGCCACACGGAAGUCACAGCACCACUCGGUUCACAUGAGACCUCUGAGACCUCGGGCAAAGGAGCUGGGGAAGGAAACCACAGCGUGAGAGAGCCCAGGAGCCUCCAGCCCAUCCUGCACGCCAGCCCUCUCCUUAGGGAUCUGCCCCGAGGGGACAGAGGGGCACCAAGGAAGGCUCUCCACUUCAACAUGCAGGAUGAAAUUCUGCUGACUCCCUGCAGGGAAUUCCCUGCUGAGGACACAGACUCCUUUGCCUCCCCGAAUGAAGAGAAAUGGGAUUUUGUCCUGGUGAGUGACAUCCACGAAAUGGGCAGUGAGAAGGAGAUCAAGAGGAAGAAGUUCCUGGAUGAGCUGAGCAAGAAGGGCUUCACCAUCAAGAAAAUUGAGGACACAAAGCUCUUUUAUGGAGUCCGUGCCCCGCAGCAGAUCUUCUGGAAAUACCAGUGUCUCAUGACAAACCCCAACAGCAGACAGCAAAACUCCAGUGCCUACCAGGAAGUCCCAGUGACCACCAGGAUACGGGUUGUGCACUUCAUCCUCCAGAACACUGUGACGUCUGACUUAGAGAAGCUGCAUGACCUGAUGAAGAAGAAGGUGUUUGAGGCAGCCUUUCCCCUGCACAAGAAAGAAGAGAUAAGGGAAAUACUAAAGAAGAAGUGGGCUCGCUGGAGAGUUCUAUUUAAGGAACAGCCAAUUGAAGAGAUCAGGUGCUAUUUUGGAGAGAAGGUGGCCUUGUACUUUGCCUGGCUGGGCUGGUACACCUACCUGCUGAUUUUUGCUGCCCUGGCUGGGCUGGCAACCGUGGCAGCUGGGGCUACUGUUUUCAGUUCCAGCCAGGUGAGCAAGGAGAUCUGUGAUGCCAACAACACCAUCAUGUGCCCGCUCUGUGACCAGAACUGCUCGUUCUGGCUCCUCUCUGACACCUGCACCUAUGCCAAGGUCACUCACAUGAUUGAUAAUGAGGCCACGGUGGUGUUUGCCAUGUUCAUGGCCAUCUGGGCCACUGUAUUCCUGGAGCUGUGGAAGAGGGAGAGAGCCAAUGUGGUCACCAGCUGGGACCUGUAUGGGUGGGAUGAGGAAGAGGAGGAGCUGGCUCUGCAGCUGAUCAAUAACCCACAGCAUGAACCCCGGCUGUACCAGCACUCCUACUUUCGCAGCACCAUCGUCCUCAUCUUGGCCCUGCUGAUGAUCAUGGUGCUGAUCGGCAUCGCCCACGCGCUCGUCAUCUACCGGGCGGUGGCCAUGGCUGUGUUCAUGCAGAACGACAUGAACCUGCUGAGAAAGCACGCCGACAUCAUCGCCGUGAUGACGGGGGCCGUGCUGCACUACAUCACCAUCGUCAUCAUGACCAAGGUCAACUGGCAAGUGGCCCUCUUCCUCUGCGACCUGGAGAAACCACGGACCUUCUCCCAGCGGGAGAAUAGCUUCACUGUGAAGAUCUUCCUCUUUCAGUUCUUCACAAACUUCUCCUCGCUCAUCUACAUUGCCUUCUUCCUGGGACGGAUCAAUGGCCACCCAGGGCACUACGCACGCAUCGCUGGCCACUGGAGGCUGGAGGAGUGCCACCCUAGCGGCUGCAUCACCGACCUCUUCAUCCAGAUGGCUGUCAUCAUGGUGCUCAAGCAGACCAUCAGCAACAUCAUGGAGUAUCUCAUCCCCUUGAUAUCCCACCAGCUACGGAAGAAGAAAAAGCACCCCAAGAAGAGAAGACUGAUGUUAGGAGAGGAAGAGGAGGCAGAGGACCCCUGCAAAAGGCAGUGGCUGAAUAAUUAUGAACUCAAUGAGGUCAAUGUCUUCAGCUUGUUCAAUGAGUACCUGGAGAUAGUGAUCCAGUACAGCUUCACCACCAUCUUCGUGGCAGCCUUUCCCCUGGCCCCGCUGCUGGCCCUCGUCAACAACGUCAUCGAGAUCCACAUGGACGCCAUCAAGAUGAUGCGGCUGCGCCGGCGCAUGGUGCCCAGGAAGGCCAAGGACAUCGGGAUCUGGCUGCAGGUCCUAGAGGCCAUUGGCAUCCUGGCUGUCAUCGGGAACGGGCUGGUGAUCGCCAUCACCUCCGACUUCAUCCCCGUGCAGGUCUACAAAUACAUGUACAGCCCCUGCACGAGGGAGAACCACACCAGCAUGGACUGCUCCACCGGCUACAUCAACAACAGCCUCUCCGUGUUCCACAUCCAGGACUUCGAGACGCACACCAAGGUGUUGCCAGAAUUUAAAGGGGAGCAGAUCAAGGAGUGCAGGUACCGGGAUUACCGGAAUGCUGACGACUACACCUACACUGUCCAGUUCUGGCACAUCUUCGCAGCCCGGCUCGCCUUCCUCAUCCUCUUCGAGCAUGUGGCUCUGUGCGUGAAGCUGAUCGCAGCCUGGUACAUCCCCGACACCCCCCAGAAGGUCAAGAAUAAAAUUCUGACAGAGAAACACAUCAAUCUCCGUAAUGAACUGAGGGAGAGGAGUCCUUCCCCUGCUACACCGUGGGGUCCCUUCCCACAGGAGAGAGUUCUCUGCAACCCUCUCCACCAUGGCUCCAAUCUCACAAGCAGGAAUCCUCCCAAAACUGCUGCAAUCACGGCAGAAUACUCCACCGAGGUGUAGCCACCACUCACCAAGGAGAAGGAAAACAUGGACUCGAGCCCCUUUCCAAGCCUGGCAGUGCCAGGGGUGCCAGAUGAACCCCAGGACACGGUGCCACAUGUCCCAUCUGGGACCGAGCUGGACCUGAGCUGGGAAGUGAUGACAAGAUAGUGGCUUCAUAGGAGCAGGCUGCUUUCUGACUUGGGAAGAAAGGAUGCUGUGGCAGAGCCGGGAUGUGCCUCCCCGGCACGGGGAGUGGCUGGGAAAGAGCCUGGGGACAAACCCAGGGGCAGCACCCAGAUGCUGUGCUGCAGGACAUCACCUGGGUCCUUGUCACUCACUUCCUUAAGCACAGGAAACACCACUGACCUCGUUCCAGGCUCCCUCUCCAGCCCUUUUGCUGCAUUUUGGCCUCUUUUUCCACCGCCUUCCGUGACCUCACUCUCGCACCCCCAGGGCGCUUGAGUCCCUCUUUCACCAAACUCCUCCCCAUGUGUCACGACUCCCACACGGCUGCAGCUCCGCCCGGCUGUCUCCAUGGACGCGGCUCCACGGUCACUGGGAAAACGCCGCUGUUAUCUCGCCUUUAGCUCCGGGCUCAGCCGGGUCCUGAGAGUGUUCCUGGCUCAGCAGCCACCGGUAAAUAAAUACAGCACCCACGUGGA